AUGGACAAUAUCAGUAUACCUAGUUCUGGUUGUGAACCUCCCAAUUCUUCUGCUGAAGGAGCAACAGCAGUGGAAGCCCAAACUGUUGACACAACUACUCAACAGACUGUGCUCCCUACUGCUGCAGUUCCUGCAAAGAAAAGGAAAGUGGUUGAAUCCAGAUCAAGAGUUUGGGAUCAUUUUCAAAAGAUUACUGAUAGUAAUAAUGUUACUAUAGAAGCAAAGUGUAUCUACUGUGCAAAAUUGUAUCAAUGUCAAUCAAAAAAACAUGGUACCACAUCUUUAAGGAACCACAUGGUUAGCUGUAUGAAAAACCCUCACUCUAAAGAUACUAGGCAGUCCCUUCUGACAUUUCAAGCUGUUGCUACUAGUGAUGCAUCUGAACCAACUGUGGGAGAUUUGGGGACUUGGGUAUUUAAUCAGGAAACCAUUAAGAGAGCCUUGGUAGAAAUGAUUAUCAUAGAUGAACUUCCCUUUAUAUUUGUUGAGGGGCAAGAGUUUAGGAGGUUCAUUGCAGUGGCUUGUCCUAGGUUUAAAAUUCCAUCUAGGUGGACAAUCAGUAGGGAUAUCAAUGUCAUUUAUGAAGAAGAAAAAUUGAACUUGAAGUGCUUGUUUAAGGGAAACACUCAAAGAAUGAGGAGUGGAAGCUACAUAAAAAAAUUAUCUUUUGUCCCUGUUACAUCACAUAAGGGUGAGUAUAUUGCAAAAGCACUUGAAAGUUGUUUGAUAGAGUGGGGGCUUAGGAAUGUGUUUACUGUGACAGUAGAUAAUGCUUCAUCAAAUGAUGUUGCACUUGGUUUUUUAAAAAGGAAAGUGUUGUCUUGGGGAUCAUCUAGUGUGAAGAGUAAGUAUCUUCACAUGAGAUGCAUUGCUCAUAUUCUGAACUUGGUGGUACAAGAUGGUCUAAAACAAUGUGAUAUUGCUAUUAAGAGGGUUAGGGAGGUUGUUAGAUAUGUCAGAAGUUCUCCUUCAAGGUUGAAGAAGUUUAGGGAUUUGGUAGAGUAUAGUGGAAUUGAGCAAAAAACAUCAUUGUGUCUUGAUGUGCCAACAAGGUGGAAUUCCACCUAUUUGAUGUUACAGUCUGCUUUGAUCUACCAGAAAGUAUUUGAUGACUAUGAAUACAGUGAUAACUCUUCCAAAUCUGAUCUGUGUGAUUCUAUUCCUACUUCUCUGGAUUGGGAGUAUGUGAACAACUUGGUUAAGCUAUUGAAAUGUUUCUAUGAGAUGACUAUCAGAAUUUCAGGGUCCCUAUAUGUGACAGCUAAUACAUUUUUCUCUGAAAUAUCUGAUCUGUAUUGUAUCUUGAAUGAAAUGGUGGAAGCUGAUGGGGCUGUGAAACUAAUGGGGGCUAACAUGAAAGCAAAAUUUGAAAAAUAUUGGGGUGAUAUUGAUAAAAUGAAUUAUAUGAUUUUCUUUGCAAACAUUUUAGACCCCAGGGACAAGUUAGAAUAUAUGCCAACUCAAUUAGUUCAUAUGUAUGGUGACAAAAAAGGAAAAGAUUACCUUGAGAAAUUGUUGGCUGCUUUGAAUGAAUUGUAUGACGAUUAUGCUGUGAGUUAUAACCCAUCUGUUGUCCCAGCUACUGGUUCUGGUUCUGUAGCGUCUGUUAAUCCUGUUGUUGAGUCUGUUUCUGCCCCUGUUGGGAGGCCACAACAUCUAUUGAAGGCCCAAAUUAAGAAAGAAAGAAUGGAAACUGGUGGGAGGAAAAAAACUGAGUUGGAAUAUUAUUUGAGUGGGGCAAUAACUGAAGAUGAAGGUUCAUUUGAUAUACUGAGAUGGUGGAAGGUCAAUUCUGCAAGGUUUCCUAUCCUUUCUAAGAUUGCUAGGGAUAUCUUAGCUAUUCCUAUCUCAACUGUUGCCUCAGAAUCUGCCUUUAGUACAUCUGGGAGGGUUUUAGAUCCUUUUAGGAGUUCUUUAACUCCUAAAAUUGUGGAAGCCUUGGUAUGUACCCAGGAUUGGCUUAGGCUGCCAAAUACCCCCAUUUCAAUUGAAGAAAAUCUAGAAGAAUUAGAAAGAUUUGAGAAAGAAUUUAGUGUUGAUGGUGGAAGUGCAUCUGGUGGGAGGACUUGUGGAACUACACUUCCAAGUAUUCCUGCAAUGAAACUUGGUGACUUUAAGUUGCUUCCCUUGAUGAUUUUUGAUAUUUUUUUGCAAAUUGGCAAUGAUGAAAGCUUCCACCAAAGAUCUGAAAUAAGGAUUAAGCUGGAAGAAGAAUAG